CGUGGGUGGGGGGGUGCGGCGCACGCGCGCUGGCGCUCCCGGAAGCGUCGGCGCGGCGGCGGCCGGGGCGGGAGCGCGGAGCGGAGCGGGGCGGGGAGCGCCGCCAUGGCGGGUUUCGACACCAACCCGUUCGCGGACCCGGUGGACGUGAACCCCUUCCAGGACCCCUCGGUGACACAGCUCACAAACACAAGCCAGAGCGGCUUGGAUGAGUUCAACCCCUUCUCGGAGAGCUCCCAGCUGACAAAUGCAGCGCGGACGACGCCGGCCACGCAGCCCGCCGGCCACUCGCAGCCCGCCGUCCUGCAGACCUCGGUGGAGCCCACCCCGCAGGCUGUGGCUGCAGCAGCACAGGCCGGGCUGCUUCAGCAGCAGGCGGAACUCGAGAGGAAGGCGGCCGAGCUGGAGAAGAAGGAGAGGGAGCUGCAGAGUAACGCCGCCAGCAUUAACCCGAGGCAGAACAACUGGCCGCCCCUUCCCAGGAAGUGCCCCAUCAAGCCCUGCUUCUACCAGGAUUUCUCCGCAGACAUCCCGGCCGACUACCAGCGGAUAUGCAAGAUGCUGUAUUACUUGUGGAUGCUGCACUCGGUUACCCUGCUCCUGAACCUGCUCGCUUGCCUGGCAUGGUUCACGGUCCAGACGGAAAGAGGAGUAGACUUUGGUCUCUCAAUCCUGUGGUUCGUUUUAUUCACUCCUUGUGCCUUCCUCUGCUGGUACCGGCCGAUUUACAAGGCUUUCAGGUCUGACAGCUCCUUCAGCUUCUUCGUCUUCUUUUUCAUCUUCUUCUGCCAAAUCGCAAUCUACAUCAUCCAGGCUGUCGGCAUUCCUGGCUGGGGAGACAGCGGCUGGAUUGCGGCGCUGUCCGAGCUGCACGGGAACCUGGCCGUGGCUGUCAUCAUGAUGGUGGUGGCGGCGUUCUUCACGCUCUGCGCCGUCCUCUCGCUCUUCCUCCUGAAGCAGGUGCAUUCCCUGUAUCGCCGCACGGGCGCCAGCUUCCAGAGGGCCCAGGAGGAGUUUUCCCAAGGCAUCCUCACCAACAGGAGCUUCCAGAACGCAGCGGCCGGGGCGGCCUCCUCGGCCGCACACGGAGCUUUCCGGGGGAAUUAGCCCCUCAGGGGGCUGCCCCCGCCUCGCCUCCCCUCCCCUCCCGCCAUCGCCCCGACCUCCAUUUUCUAACGAUGCACUUUCCGUGGGUACCAUGUUAGCUCUGUGACGCCGACUCCAGAUGAGGAGAGGUCUGGUUUAGCUUCAGCUGGCCCAGGUUUAUCACGGUUUGUUUUCCCUGGCCUUCUCGGGGGCGCGGGGAGCGGAGGGAGACGUCUCUGCCGGGCGUUCGUCUCCUCCUGCCCUCCCCUGGCUGCAGCAGGGGGGCGAGGAGAAGCAGGUUUUUUGAUUUUAUUUUCUCUCUUCUAUCGGCCUUUGCUCUGAACAACUUGAUUAUCUGCUGUUUUUUUGGGGGGGUUUUGUAACUCGCAUGUAGUCUGUCGUUGAUUUUAAGAGCGGAAGCUGUACCUUCGGGUUACCACACUUAACACGAUGCUGCAUUUCCACCUCCCA